GCCGCCGCCCCAGCGGGAGCUGCAGUUCCCUGGCCGGAUCUAGGCUGACGCGCGGCGGCCCCGCAGUGAGGUGAGGGGGCAAGGACGGCGCCCCGAGCUCCGCCUCCCGGCUCUCCUCGGCUGCGGGGCCGCGGCGCUCGCAGCUGGGAAGCGGCGGGCCGGUCGGGCGGUGCUAUCCCGGAGGCCUCCCCGGAGGCGUAGGCCCUUCGCCUGCCCUGAAGCCUUCUCGGAGGAGCGGGGCCUGGCCGGAGGAGCAGGGCCUCCCUGAAGCCUGCCCGGAGGACUCGGGCGCGUCCGGCGAGCGGAGUCCACGCGGGUGCACAGUGCAUGCCUGCGUCGGAGAAGCAGAAGACGGAUUUCCGAGGCCGUCGACGUCAGCCUGAGGAGUGGACUUGGCUGUGGCAGGAAUUGUGGAAGGCUAUUGGGCGGAGCUGGGUCUCCGGGAGAAGGUCCCUGGCCUUGCCGUGCCCCAAGGGGCCUUGCCGUGCCCCAAGGAGUGGAACCGUGCGGAGUAGGAAGAACACUGGCCGGAAGGAAUGGCCGUCCUUAGUGCAGAUGCAGGGCUGUCGGAGCGGCCAGAAUUCCGGCUAUUAACAAUGAGAACUGUCACCCAGGCCGGAAGUAUUCUUGUCGCCAUGAUCAAUGCAUUCUCGCCCUGUAAUCCAGCAAGAUAGGAAAUCGGGUUCAGAAACCACUUCAUCGACUGUCACGCUGCGUCUGCGCACGGUGCCCUGUCGACAGAGGUUUGGGGAAGUCAGAAGGCUGGUGCUGUUUCUAGAAAGCAGAAAGAUGGAAAGUGGUGCAGUUCUGCUGGAAUCCAAAUCCUCACCAUUGAACCUUUUGAAUGAAAUGCAUCAGCUCCGCCUUCUUGGUCACCUGUGUGAUGUGACUGUCAGCGUGGAAUAUCAGGGUGUCCGGGAAGAAUUUAUGGCCCAUAAAGCUGUGCUGGCAGCCACUAGCAAGUUCUUCAAGGAAAUGUUCCUUAAUGAAAAAACCGUGGACGGCACCAGGACUAAUGUCUACUUAAAUGAAGUGCAAGUUGUUGACUUUGCUUCAUUUCUUGAGUUUGUCUACACAGCAAAGGUACAGGUAGAAGAAGAUCGGGUGCAGCGAAUGUUGGAAAUGGCUGAAAAGCUAAAAUGUUUGGACUUGUCGGAGACUUGUUUUCAAUUAAAGAAACAGAUGUUAGAAUCAGUCCUUUUGGAGUUGCAGAAUUUCUCAGAGUCUCAGGAAACAGAAGCAAGCAGUGGCUCCCAAGUCAUCAUUGUUCCUGACCCUAGGACCAAUGCAGCCAUGGAUGGGCCUCACUCCAAUGGCCUUCUGGAGUCCUCGGAUUACCCGGUAGAGAGAAUCAGCAAUGGCAUGUUGCCAGCUAUGCCACCGAGGAAGUCCAAGGAGAAACUCGACAAGAAAAAAGAUAUAGUUAAGCCUCUCUACCCUAAAAUCAGGCGAGCCAGUGGAAGGCUGGCUGGAAGAAAGGUGUUUGUAGAAAUCCCUAAAAAGAAAUACACAAGAAGACUCCGAGAGCAGCAGAAGAGUGCUGAGGAUGACAUGGGGGAAUACAAGUGUCCACAAGACCAAAGCCCAGAUAAUGUGGGAACAGAGGUGGAGCCAGUUAUGAAAAAUGUGAAUCCCAAAAAUGAGGAGGGCAGUGCCGGUGUUGAGUUGGACAGAGUGCUGCAAAAGGCAGGGGAGGAGGAGGACGAGGAUGAGGAGGACGAGGAGGGGGAUAAGAAGAAGAGCAAUUUUCAAUGCACGACCUGCGAGAAAGCGUUUCUGUAUGAGAAAAGUUUCCUGAAGCACAUCCAGCACCGCCACGGCGUUGCUGCUGAGGUGGUCUACCGCUGCGAUACCUGUGGGCAGACCUUUGCCAACCGCUGCAACCUCAAGGGCCACCAGCGCCACGUGCACAGUAGCGAGCGCCACUUUCCUUGCGAGCUGUGCGGGAAGAAGUUCAAGAGGAAGAAGGACGUGAAGCGGCACGUGCUGCAGGUGCACGAGGGGGGCGGGGAGCGGCACCACUGCCAGCAAUGCGGCAAGGGCCUGAGCUCCAAGACGGCGCUGCGGCUGCACGAGCGCACACACACCGGGGACAAGCCCUACGGCUGCACCGAGUGCGAGGCCAGGUUCUCGCAGCCCUCAGCCCUCAAGACCCACAUGAGAAUUCAUACAGGGGAAAAACCUUUUGUCUGUGAUGAAUGUGGUGCAAGAUUCACUCAGAACCACAUGCUGAUUUAUCAUAAAAGGUGUCACACAGGUGAAAGACCUUUUAUGUGUGAAACAUGUGGCAAAAGUUUUGCUUCUAAAGAAUAUUUAAAACAUCACAAUAGAAUCCAUACUGGAUCCAAACCCUUUAAAUGUGAAGUUUGUUUCAGGACUUUUGCCCAGCGGAAUUCACUUUACCAGCAUAUUAAAGUCCAUACAGGGGAACGUCCCUACUGUUGUGACCAGUGUGGUAAGCAGUUCACCCAGCUCAACGCCCUCCAGCGCCACCAUCGGAUACACACGGGUGAGAAGCCGUUCAUGUGUAACGCGUGCGGACGGACCUUCACUGACAAGUCCACUCUCCGGCGGCAUACCUCAAUACAUGAUAAGAAUACUCCAUGGAAGUCUUUCCUUGUUAUUGUAGAUGGCUCACCCAAGAACGAUGAGGGACACAAGACUGAACAGCCUGAUGAAGAGUAUGUGCCACCUAGACUUCCGGAUAAAUUGCUAUCCUUUGCAGAAAACGGCCAUUUUCAUCACCUGGCCCCAGUCCAAGGCAGCAUACCAGCCAUGCAAGAGAACAGCCCUGCAGAUGUGGCCUGCAAGGCGGACGACUCCAUGGUGCCCCAGGACACUUUGCUUGCCACCACCAUCGGUGACCUCAGUCAGCUGACGCCACAGACAGACUCAGCCCCUCCACAACUUCACUCUCUGACCAACAUGGAGUAAGAGGUUGGCGUUACCUGCUAACUAGGUCCCGUACUGCCAGUCUUUGAGUGUUACAGCAAUACUCAAGGUGAUGCCAGUGACUGUGAAAAAGAAUUGUCCAUGGGCAAAGAAGAUGCGGGCUAGAAUGGCUUCCACAGCUUUUCCUGAAUGUCUGCUAACUUGCACGACUUUAUGAAAGCAUUUUUAAAGCGUUCCCUUAAAAAUCCUGAUGUGCAUGAUCUCAGCUACCCUUUUAUCAACAAAGGAGGCAGUUAACAUAACCUCACUCAAUUCUGGGGUGGAUUGUAUUCAUUUAUCUUUCUAAUGCUUAUCUUGAUGUCUAUGAAGUUUGGACAACUGCUUGAGUUAACUGUAGAGGACAGAGCACUGGUCCAGUUUGUGAACUUGCUAUUACGGUCUCCCUGGUCUCUCACCCUGCCUUAUCCUUCUGUGUAAGUUUAUUUCCCUGAUACUUCUUAAGGUAUUUUUCUACCAUGUCUGAGUCAAGACUGAAGUGAAACUGGGGCUGUGUAUUUCCAGGAUUUUCCCUAUCAAGUUGAAGCAAAUCAGUCUGCUUUGAGGACCCUUAAAUGUGACUGAAGAAAUGGGUUACUGCAUUCCUUUUUUUCUACUAGUUUUAGGCACUAAAAAAGGAAUGGCAAAUUGAAGACUUGCAAAACAGCUCAGGAUAGUCUACUCACAGUACAUAUGCAGGUAGAUUUGUCAUCAAGUCAACCUUUGAAAUAAGGUGUGGCAAUCUGGUUUCAUUCCUAAAAAUCCGAUUAGGUACAGGCAGUCCUACCAAAGACUGUAGCAGCAAAAGUGUAUUUUUUGCAAAGAGGUGUGAAAUAUUAAGAGGCUUCAGGAACAUUUGAAAGCUGUGUAGUCGUAACAGAAUGAGGUGGUUAUGGCAGAUCUUAGAGCAGAGUAUUGGUAUUUUUGCCAGGUUUUUCUUUUUUUUUGUAAUUUUCAGAGAUCUAGACUUUCUCAUUUCCACAUAUGAAGAUUGAUGUAGGUCAGUAAUUGCCACAUAUUUGUUUCCUCGGGGGCAUGUGUGAAUAUGACAGAAGAGCCGGCUCAUCUUUGCACCUUAAGAGUGACUGUGAAGAAUCAGUAACUUUUGUCUCAAAUGCUCCUUUGGCUGUCUCCUACUGAAAUGAAUUUUGCUCAGAAUGAAUUUGCAUUGAAAAGAUAAUUCUCCUGUAUUUGCUAAGCCUAAUUUUUGGUUCUGUAACUUUGGUCUUUUGCCACAUGCUUGUGAAGCACUUUCAUUCACAUGUAACCCUUGAACAUAUUAAUUUAAAAAAAGAGAACCUCAAAGGACUAGCGUUCUUUUGCUCAUUAGUUGCUUUUGUUUCCUACAUUCUAAUUUAUUAAACUUGCUAUGAAAACAGUUUCAUUUUCUAAGACGAAGGUACUUUAUCUAUUCAGGAUGAAGACAGCAGUACUAUGCCAGAAACUAAAGGGGGGAGACAUUUUUCCUAAGAGCAUAUUUUGUUUUAACUUGUAACGUUAAAGUAAAUACUAAAGCCACCAUAAACUGUUUUAGGUGCUGACAUGUUUCCCACCUACUCUGGAAAACAGUAGUCCCAAAAGUAAUAGGGAAAGUAAUAGUCCAAAGUUAUUUUCAAUCCAAUUAUGAUGUCAUUAUAUCCUAUAGUUGUGUUUAUAGAACAAAAAAUAGUAACUAAAACUGUCACACAACUAUUUUACUCUUGGUAAGAGAAGAAUGAACCUGUCCAGCUGAUGUACUAUUUCAUGAAAUAAAGUCAUCUUGAUGAAAA